UAUAAAAUCAAGUAAAUAAAGUUGAUUAUCAAUCACCACGUGUUUGAAAAUUAAUUAAAUUUAUUUGUAAUAAUUAUGGUUGUAAAAAGAGCACUUGUUAAUCAUAUAGCAGAUGAUGGGAAUUUAAAGAAACGUUUAAAACUCGAGCCACAAGAUGAUAAAUCUAAUAAAAAAAAUGAAAGUCUUAAUAAAAAUGAUUCCAAUGACUGGGCCCAGGAAUUAUUUCCAUCAUUACCAGAAGAAAUAAAAACACUUUUGAAUAAUAAUGAGUAUAAAAAUAUUAUUGAUGAAAUAAUAAAGCUAGAUCAUUUGGAUCGUUGGGCAUACAAUUGUUUAAGUGGAAUUGCUCGGUUUAAUCCACUGAUAAUCGAAGAUAAAUUACCAGAGAUAUUUAAAAAAAUUCUUGUACAUAAAAAAUUAACUGAUGCUGAAAAAUCAUCAUACUCUGAACUCUUGCUGGCAAUUUUAGAUGCUUGUACACGAUUGAGACGGGAAACUAAAUUAGUACCAUGGAUACUGAUGGCUUUGGAUAAUAAUUUAGCAAAUGAUUAUAAUUACAGAGCUUCUGAUAUUCUUCCAAGUACAUUUGCUGAUAAGUUUACUCUUUCUAUUUGUAAUAUGACACAUUCACAAGUAAUUAGUGUUCUUAUGAGUUUUAUUUAUCAUAUGGAAUUGAUACAAUCACAGCCUUCUCUUAAAGAGAAAACUAUUUUAAUUGAUACAGCAAGUCAUUUAUUGGUUGCAUUUUUUGAAGGAGUGCAUAUACUUGACAGCAAUACACCUGAAAAUAUGCAAAAGAAAUUUAUUAAUGGAUUAAUAAAACUUGGUAAUAUUUUAAAACCACUCAUAGAGGUUGCUUUUGAUGAUAGUAAAAGUAAUGAAAUAACAAUUGAGUCUGCAUUAAAUGUUACUAAAUACUGGAGAGCAUUGAUAGCUUCUAUUAAAAAAUAUUCUGACUCAUUAACUGAGGAUUUAAUGACUUCUAUUAGACAAAUUAAUGAUGAAAUUAAUAAACUGUUUGAUGAUAAAGACUUUAGUGGCAUGAAUAAAAAUAUUAUGAAAGCUGCAGUAGGUUGUAAACUAGAAGACGAUAAAAUCAAUGAUACAUUUGAAAAUGAUACCAAACAUUUAAACAAUUUAAAUGAUUGUUGGGAAAUAUUAAUUGAAAAAUAUCCUUUUACUAUUUCACGCUUAAAUGAAUCGCAAAUUGAUACUUUGGCGUGUAUUUUAAUAGCUAAUACAAAUUUUUCAGCUAAAAAUGUAUUACUAACUACUCCAAUCAGUAAUUAUGCUAUACAGAAUAAUAAACAAUUAAUAAUUCAAUGUGUUUAUAAUAUACUUGUUGACAUAAACCAAAAAAUGAGUAAAGCUACUGGAGUUACUAAAAAAUUACUUGAGAUAGUUACAAAAAAAAAAUUAAAAAGUAAACGUAUUAAAAAAAUUUUAAAUGACUAUCAGCAAGAAUUGGAUAAAGCUGAAUGGUUGCCGAUUGAUGAAAAAUAUGUUAAUUGUGUUGUUAAAAAUUUACAAAUUCUUUUAAAAUUACCUUUGAUUUAUUUAAGUGCUGAAAUGAGGACUGUUAUUUUUUUAAUUAUUUUUACGAUUAAUAGAGAAGGGGAAAAUUGGUCCAAUAUAACAGAUUUAUGUUUACGUAUUUUGUCAGAUGUUUCAGAAAAUAGUAACAUAGAUAUUUUACAAUAUCUUGAUCCUGAGUUAUUUGUUAAUGACUUAUUAAAAUAUGACUCAAUUAAACGAAUUUUUGAACAUUCAUUACGGAAUGUUAAUCAUCAUGAAAAAAUUGGAACAUUUAUAAAAAAUAAUAAAAAUAUUGUCAACUGCUCAGCGCCUAUUUUAAUAGAAUGUUUAGAUAAAACAAAACCAAAAGUCAAGGCUGAAAGAAUAGUCGUUAAAAAAAUGAAAAAAAAAUUGUGUAAAAGAAUAUUUAAAUCUCUUGAAGAAGGUAUCAAAAGUCCAUAUGACGUUAAAAGUUUCAGGGCAGCAAUCAAAGUUUCAAUAACGACUAAAAAAGUUGACGACUCACUGCUUGAAAAAAUAAAACUUACUUUGGAAAUCAUUUUUGGUGAUAAAACUGAUGAAAUUAAUUUUGAAAAUAAUCCGUUGUUUGAUGAAGGUCUGCAGCUGAUAAAAGUUAUUCUUUUACACCGGGCAAACAUUAAAAUAGAUAGUAAAAUAAUAAAACUUAUUUGGAGUUUAAUGAUGAAGGAAAAUGUAUCAGAUAUUAUUUGCAAUUUAAUUGAUACGACACCUUUGGAAAUAUUAGAAGAACAAUUGAAUAUACUUGAAGAUAAAACGGUACAAAGUUUAAAAAAUUAUAAUGAGACUUUAUUCAAAAAUUAUCUAUCAAUAUGGGGGAGUAUUGCUCAAACAGACAAAGGAUAUGGCUCAAAUAGUGUCCGCCAAAAGCAUUAUCAAACACUGAUGAAAUAUUUUAGUACAUUGCCAAUAACGAGUGAUAAUUACCUGGGUAUUUUAAAAUUAUCUGAGUUUAUUGUCAGCGCAAAAAGAUGGGAAAUAAGUGACCAGCUGAUCGAUUUGAUUAUACUUGUCACCAAUCGUUUCAUUAAUGAUUCUGUAAAUCAAACGAUUGAUUUAUAUGAUCAUGUCGUUGAAAUUUGUUCAGCUUUUCUUAAACAUCGGACAGCUAAAAUUACUGAUCGGCUGCCAGUUUUAUUGACAUUGUAUCGUAAAGUUAUAAGAUUUGUCGUUGAUGAGUCAAGAAAAAAUUCAACUAGUACUGAAUUACUUUGUCUUGUUUUAAAUACUCAAAAAUUGGCAGUUGCAUUUGUUAAAUUAAAAAAAGAUAUUGCAAGAAUAAGUCCCUAUACAAUUGCUGAUAUGAUAAAAAUGUAUUCAGAAGGUGUUAUACCAACUUACAUUAAGGAGCCUUUGGAUGAGUCUAUAAAUAUAUUUUUAAGUGUUUGUGAUCAACAUGUUGUAUCAUUGCUUCUACGAGCACUUCCACCAUCAAUGCAAGAAAUAUUUAAAACAUCAUAUGAUACUUAUACUAAAUUUUAUAAAUUUACUGGAAAAGUUUAAUUAUUAUUUAUUGUAAUAACUUUUAAUUAAUAAAAACUGUUUUGUAUUUUUUUCCUGUA